AAGCGCGCGUUUUGCGCAUGCGCAACGUCCACUGCGUAGAAACCAACAACAAACUAUGGCGGACGAACACACUGAUGCCGGGGAGAGCAUGGAGGGACACACUGCUGUCCCUGAAAAUCCUCAUGCAGAAUAUGGCCUCACGGAAAACAUCCAGAGAAUAGCGGAGAAUGAGAAAACGGCUGAAAAAGUGGGCAAACAGAAGGUGGACCCUCAGACGCUGCAGACUCUUCCCACACGAGCGUAUCUGGAUCAGACGGUGGUUCCUAUUCUGCUGCAGGGCUUGUCGGUUCUGGCUAAGGAAAGGCCUCCAAAUCCCAUCGAGUUUUUAGCAGCUUUCUUACUGAAGAACAAAUCUCAGUUUGAGGAGCGGAAUUAAAGGCACAUCGUGGAGGAAUUAGGGUUUUGUUUAGUUUGUGUGUUGUGAAUUUAAAUGUUACGGUGUCACACUUCACUUCUUGUUUUGUUUUGCCAACAUCACUGUAGUUUUUUUAAACUAAUAAAACGUUCAAGCAGCAAUUGUA